UCGGAAUUGGCUAGUCCUUGGUCGGCAAUUGAUUCUCUCUGUCUGCUCCCUUGCUGCGUAUCCCAGUCCAAUCCAAUUCCGAGUCCCUCCUCGCAGCCGCUGAAACCUGGCCGUUGUUUUCCUGCUCCUCGUCCCCGGGCAACACAACACAAAGACCGUCGUUGUCCCCGUGCAGUUUUGUCUUGUGUCCUGCACCCCGCGCGCUGGUGGACUUUGACAACACGUUGACUUUGCUCCGUUCUUCCCUUGGACCCCCCCCCGACAUAUAUUAAUUACCAUUGUGCGGUCUUUUUGUCUCUCGAACAGAGCAGUGGAGAUUUAGCGCGGUCAAUAUGGAGAAUUAUCAGAAGAUUGAGAAAAUUGGCGAGGGAACCUACGGUGUUGUUUACAAGGCCCGUGAGCUCACACAUCCCAACCGUAUCGUUGCCCUGAAGAAGAUCCGACUCGAGGCCGAAGAUGAAGGUGUUCCAAGCACCGCUAUCCGCGAAAUCUCCCUGCUCAAGGAAAUGAGCGAUCCCAACAUUGUGCGGCUCCUCAACAUCGUGCAUGCAGAUGGCCACAAACUCUAUCUGGUUUUCGAAUUCCUGGAUCUCGAUCUCAAGAAAUAUAUGGAAGCACUCCCCGUGAGUGAAGGCGGACGUGGCAGAGCCCUGCCAGAUGGUUCUUCACUGAGUAGAAACCUGGGGCUGGGAGAUGCGAUGGUGAAGAAGUUUAUGGCGCAGCUGGUGGAGGGAAUUCGUUACUGUCACAGCCACAGAAUCCUGCAUCGAGAUUUGAAGCCCCAGAAUCUUCUGAUUGACCGCGAUGGCAACCUGAAACUUGCAGACUUUGGACUAGCAAGAGCCUUUGGUGUUCCUCUUAGAACCUACACGCAUGAGGUUGUUACGCUAUGGUAUCGAUCCCCUGAAAUCCUAUUGGGUGGACGUCAAUACUCUACCGGAGUCGACAUGUGGUCGUGUGGUGCCAUCUUCGCGGAAAUGUGCACCCGCAAACCCCUGUUUCCAGGCGAUUCGGAAAUUGAUGAGAUCUUUAAGAUCUUCCGACUCCUUGGUACCCCGGAUGAAGCAACUUGGCCCGGUGUCACUUCCUUCCCUGAUUUUAAACCCACCUUCCCCAAGUGGAAGCGCGAAGAGGCCCGCAACCUUGUGCCGGGCUUAGAAGAGGACGGCCUCGACCUUCUCGAAGCCUUACUCGAAUACGACCCCGCCCAUCGAAUCUCUGCCAAGCAGGCUUGCAUGCACCCGUACUUCCAGCAUGGCAGCUCAUACUACUCCGGGCGCACCCGGCGAAAUGGAUUUCACUGAUUAAGAUGACUCAUGAGUUUUUCGUUUAUAUGUAAUCUAUGUAUGUACGUGGAGGACUGUGGCAGGUGCGCCUGCGAGAUGAGUCAGGGCUGCGUAACAGACGCUCCAUUCUUCUGUUCUUCCCUACUGUUGGCUCACAACUUCUGCCCAGUCCUGUGUUAUUCCCCCCGUCUUGCAUUGUUUUUACUUCUUGCAUUUUCUUUUGUUCGUGGCGUUGUUUACGGAGUGAUCUGGCAGGAAAGAAGUUAGGUUACUGGAUAUCUUAAGGACUGUGUUUUCCUUUUCCCCCUUUUU